CCCCACAGCAGUGCCUCCAAGCUGGGGACCCUGGGGCUGCGAGCUUCCCCACAGCAGUGCCCUCAAGCCAGGGACCCCGGAGCUGUGAGCUUCCCCCCAGCAGUGCCCCCAGCCGGGGACCCCAGUGCUGCGAACUUCCUCACAGCAGUGCCUCCAGCCAGGGACCCCAGUGCUGCGAGCUUCCCCACAGCAGUGUCCAGCCAGGCCCUUUGAGCUGUGCGGGGCGCUGAAGGGGUUAACGGCCCAUGUGUGUCGGGAGCCCCCUCCCCCUGAAAUCUGACAUUCCCUGCCCAGGAAUCCUGGAGCCGCAAGGCAGAGAGGGAGAGACACCCAGAGAGGGGAAGGGGUUGGACCAUGUCGGAGAUCUACAGUGAGGUGGCCGGGGACGAGCCCCCCAGCGACAGCUUCUGGAUGCCGAACCGGUACCAGCGCACGGUGCGGCGGCUGGAGGAGGGGUCCCAGGUCUGCGACCAGCUGGUCGGCUGCUUCCGGGACCGGGCGCGAAUCGAAGGCAGCUACGCCCGGCACAUGGGGGCCUGGGUGCAGAAGUGGCGCCCCCUGGUGGAUGCGAGCCCCCUGUACGGCUCAGUGCGCCGGGCCUGGCAGGCCUUCCUGGACACCACGGAGCGGCUGGGCCGGCUGCACCAGGACACGCAGCGGGCGCUGGUGGCGGAGGAGCUCGCCCGCCUGCGGGGCUGGCAGCGGGACAACUACCACCGCAAGCUGCUGGGCGGCUUCCGCGAGGCCCGCGAGCUGGAGAGCGGCUUCCGGCGCGCCCAGAAACCCUGGGCCCGCCGCCUGGGCAAGGUGGAGAAGGCCAAAGCCUCGUACCACCGGGCCUGCCGUAAGGAGCACGCGGCCGCGGGGCGGGAGCAGCUGGCCCCAGGGGGCCCCCCCCUGGCCCCCGACCGCCAGCGCGCCCUGCGGGAGGAGCGCCAGCGCCACACCCUGGAGACGCACAAGGAGCGGCAGCACUACGAGCAGGCGCUGGCGGAGCUGACCCGGGCCAGCCCGCGCUAUGUGGAGGAGAUGGAGUCGGUCUUCGAGCAGGGCCAAGAGUUCGAGCAGAGACGCAUCGACUUCCUCAAGGAGGCCUUGACGGCUCUGCAGCGCCGGCUGGACCCCACCGCCCACCCCGGAGUGCAGGCUGCGCAGAACCAGCUCCGCCAGGCCAUCAGCGACAUCAGCGCCCGCCAGGACCUGGACUGGUGGCGCCGCCAACACGGGCCCGGCAUGGCCAUGGCAUGGCCCGAGUUCGAGGCAUGGAGCCCAGAGUGGGAGCAACCGAGCCCCAAAGCGCCACCACCGGGGCAGGAGGAGGAGAAGGUGCCGCUGCAGAGCAUCCGCCUAGCCCCGAGCAGUGCGGCCGAGGCGCCGGCGCCGGUUCUGGGCCAGCGGGUUCGGGCCAUUUACGACUACACUGGGCAGGAGCCGGACGAGCUGAGCUUCACCGCGGGGGAGGAGCUGACAAAGCUGGAGGAGCAGGACCCCCAGGGCUGGUGCAAGGGGGUGACGGACGGGGGGCGCGUGGGGCUGUACCCUGCCAACUACGUCCAGCCGGUGCCCUGACCUCAGAGCCCCUCUCCGCGGGGGGCUGCACCCCGCCACCCACCGUCAGCUGCGGCAGGGAUGGGAAGGGGGGACCCUGCCCCGACGCCCCCGAACCCUGCCCUGCUGACCCCCCCCCAACAGCCCCCCCAGCCACUUGGGGAAAGGAGGGGCUGGCUGUUGGGGGAGAUAUCUCAGGAUAGCAGGUGACCCACCCACCCCCCAGGCCCACUUCAGCCCCCCAUGUCUGCCACCCCCAUGACCCCAUCUACGAUUCCCCCCCCAGGUCCCCCAUGUCUGGGACACCCCCAACUCCU